AUCAGGCAGUGGUAAAGUCCCAAAGAUGUCGGCCACCAUGAAGAAAGCGGUCGCCGAGGACGUCAACGUCACCUUUGAGGACCAACAGAAAAUUAACAUCUUCGCCAGAAACACGAACAGAAUGACCGAGCUGAAAGACGAGAUCGAGAUCAAGAAGAAAGAGCUCCAGAAUUUGGAGGACGCCUGCGAUGACCUCAUGGUGCUGGACGACUCCUUGUUGAUUCCGUACCAGAUCGGCGAUGUGUUCAUCAGUCACUCUCAGGAGGAGACGCAGGAGAUGCUUGACGCUGCCAAGAAAGCGGUGGAGGAAGAAAUGGAAUCGUUACAGUCCCGGGUAGAGUCUAUACAACAUGUGCUCUCCGAUCUUAAGAUCCAGCUCUACGCCAAGUUUGGAAACAACAUCAACCUGGAUGCGGAUGACAGCUAAAUCAGUGCAAUGCAGCAUAGAUUUAUUUUUCUUUUUUCUAAAUUUUUCUUUUUAUUUAAUUGAUUGCACAUUAUAAAU